AUGCGACAAAAGAGAGAAGAACUGAGUGAAGUGGAGGAGAAACAUCACAACGAACCUGGAGGAAAACCUUCGAGUCACUCGAAGACUAAAAAUAUAUUUUUAAAGAAAAGAAGAGCCAAGAAAUCUUUCACCUGCACUCAGUGUGGGAAGAGUUUCCCAUUCAAGCAAAGUCUUGAGUGGCACAUGAGGAUUCACACUGGAGAGAAACCAUUCACAUGUGAUCAGUGCGGAAAAAGUUUCACACACAAAGGACAUCUUAAAAAUCACAUGAGGAUCCACACCGGAGAGAAGCCGCACGCAUGUGAUCAGUGCGGCAAAACAUUUAUCGUGUCAUCAAACCUCAAGACACACCUGACAGUUCAUACGAAGGAGAAGCCGCAUUCAUGUUCUGUGUGUGCAAAGAGUUUUUCACAGCUGAGCAAUUUAAAAGUACAUCAGAAAAUACAUGCUGAUGUGAGAGAUUAUAUGUGCUUUGAGUGUGGGAAGACAUUUAUUUCAGCAUACAGAUUAAACCUGCACCAGAGGAGCCACACUGGAGAGAAACCUCACAAGUGUUCACACUGUGACAAGAGUUUCAGUCAGUCAUCAAAUCUGAAUGCACAUGAGAAGAUCCACAGCAGAGAGAAGCCACACACGUGUGAUCAGUGCGGGAAAAGCUUCACUUUUAAAAGUCAGCUGAAGAUACACACGAGGAUGCAUGCAGUGGAGAAACCAGAUCACCACAGUCUGAGAUCACGAACUACCAGAAAUGAAUCGGAGUUGAAUGCAGAAGGAGAGAACAGAGAGAAGAUGAGAGAUCCAGAACCUGCAGAAUUGAAACAUCAUGGUACUUAGGAACAAACAGACCUGAGAAAGGAAAACAAGAAGCAAAAGAUAAAUCUGUCCCCUGCCCUCAGUGUAAACAAGAUGCCCAUAUAAAUCAAGUCUGAAGAUUCACAUGUGAGUUCACACCGGGAAGAAGCCCUUCACCUGUGGUCAAUGCGGGAAGAGAUUAACAAGUAAACGAAACCUCAAGAAUCACAUGAGGAUCCACACCGGAGAGAAACAUUACAGCUGUGAUCAAUGCGGGACGAGUUUCACUCAAGCUUUUGUUCUGAAAUCACAUCUGCCUUCUCAUUCUGAAGAAAUUAAUUUUGUUCGGCUUCGGCCAAGAAUUUUCAUUUCAGUGCAUCCCUAGAAAUUUCUAUUACGAUUGUGAUUGUUCGCAGUGUCAUGGUGUCACGUGUAGGUUCCCGUUGAGUUCCUGUUUUCCUUAUUUGGUCCUUCCUGUUCCUGUCCCAA